AUGUGUGGUGUGUUAGGAAUAGCUUUAGCAGACCAGUCCAGUGCAGUGGCUCCGGAGCUUCUCGAUGGCUGUCUGUUCCUGCAACACAGAGGCCAGGAUGCAGCUGGUAUUGCAACGUGUGGCCAAAGAGGAAGACUUUACCAGUGCAAGGGCAACGGGCUGGCCCGUGACGUUUUCACGCAACAGAGAAUGGCAGGUUUGGUAGGGUCUAUGGGUAUCGCUCAUUUGAGAUACCCAACCGCAGGUUCGAGCGCCAAUUCGGAGGCGCAACCUUUCUAUGUGAACAGCCCUUAUGGUAUUCUGUUAGGACACAACGGUAACCUGGUUAACACUCUUUCGCUCAGACGUUACAUGGAUGAAGAUGUUCACAGACAUAUCAAUACCGAUAGUGACUCAGAAUUGUUGUUGAACAUAUUUGCGGCCGAGCUUGAGAAACACAACAAGUACCGUGUAAACAAUGAUGAUAUUUUUCACGCGUUGGAAGGAGUGUACCGACUCUGCCGUGGUGGCUACGCCUGCGUCGGGAUGCUAGCCGGAUACGGGAUGAUCGGGUUUAGAGACCCUAACGGUAUCAGACCUUUGUUGUUUGGUGAAAGACUGAGGCCAGAUGGUACCAAGGAUUACAUGCUUGCCUCAGAAAGCGUUGUUUUGAAGGCCCACAAUUUCACCAAGUUCCGCGACUUGGCCCCUGGUGAGGCUGUGAUUGUUCCCAAAGACUGCGGUACAAACCUUCCAGAGUUCAAACAAGUUGUGCCUGUGAACUCAUUCAGACCUGAUCUGUUUGAAUACGUAUACUUCGCGAGGCCUGACAGUGUUUUGGAUGGUAUUUCUGUUUAUCAUACCAGACUACAGAUGGGUGUCAAGCUAGCAGAAAGCGUCUCGAAGGUACUUGGCCCCGGUGACAUAGACGUCGUAAUUCCGGUGCCGGACACUUCUCGUACGUGUGCGCUAGAAUGUGCAAACCGCCUGAGUCUUCCAUACCGUGAAGGGUUUGUCAAAAACAGAUACGUUGGAAGAACGUUCAUCAUGCCUAAUCAAAAAGAACGUGUUUCCUCUGUGAGAAGAAAGUUGAACGCUAUGGAUUCUGAGUUCAAAGGAAAGAAAGUUUUGGUGGUGGACGAUUCAAUUGUAAGAGGUACGACGUCCAAGGAAAUCAUAAGCAUGGCCAAGGAGGCCGGCGCAGAAAAGGUGUAUUUUGCUUCUGCCGCUCCUGCUAUUCGAUACAAUCAUAUUUACGGUAUCGACCUAGCUGAUACCAAGCAGCUGAUCGCAUACGACAAAACGACGGAACAAGUGAGUGAGAACUUGGGCUGCGAUUUAGUUUUUUAUCAGUCCCUAGAAGACCUCAUCGACUGCUGUAAGACUGACAAGAUCACUAAGUUUGAGGUCGGUGUAUUCACCGGGAAUUACGUUACGGGAGUUGAGGACGGAUAUCUCCAGGAGCUCGACAGAGUGCGCGCGUUGAAUGCUUCAAAAAAAUGCGAAGCCAAGGCCGAAUCAGACAUCGGUCUUUACAACAGCGCGGACUUUUGA